AUGGCAUCCACGGGUCUACAGCUGGUGGGGAUCGUUCUGUCUGUUCUGGGCGGGGUGUUCGGGGCCCUGGUGUGUGCGGCCCCUCUUUGGCGUGUGUCUGCUUUUGUCGGGGGAGAGUUGGUGAUCGCCCAGGUGCUGUGGGAGGGUCUCUGGAUGAACUGCCUGUCCCAGACCACAGGACAAAUCCAGUGUAAGACGUACGAUUCCACACUCGCUCUGCCCUUCUCUGCCCAGGCCUCACGGGGCCUCACUGUGCUCUCUCUGCUCCUGUGCCUGCUGGCCUUGAUGCUCGCGGUGGCUGGGGCAAAGUGCACACACUGCAUGGGUGCGACCAGCCCCUCGUCCAAAACCCGCGUGGCCCGUGUAGCUGGGGUGCUGUUUUUCGUGGCCGGACUGAUAUACAUGGUUCCCAUCUGCUGGACGGCCUACGCCAUAAUCAGGGACUUCUAUGACCCCAAUAUUGCCGCACCGUUUAAAAGGGAGUUGGGGCCAGCGCUGUACCUGGGAUGGGGGGCCAGUGUGCUCCUAUUGGUGGGAGGGUUUCUGCUCCAGCACGGCUCUACUCCCCCCAUAACCAAAGUAAAGCCCCUAAUAUCAGCGCCAGUAAAGGACAACCCAAAGCCAGCAGAAGUCAAACAGCCUGAGAAGUCUUUUGUAUGA